AUGCAGAUUGGAGCGGAGUUUGUCGGAACCUUCUUUCUGGUACUUUGCGCGGUGGCUGGCCCCAUUGUGAACCAAAAGUACGGUGGAGUAGAGCCGUUGAUUGGGAACGCGGCGUGCGCUGGAGCUGCUGUGACGGUCAUAAUUUUCUCAGUCGGUCACAUAUCGGGAGCCCACCUGAACCCAUCAGUGACGAUCGCCUUCGCGGUGACUCGGCACUUUCCAUGGAACCAAGUGCCCGGCUACAUUGCCGCGCAGGCCGCGGGCUCGAUGUGCGCUUCCUACGUCCUCAAGUGGGUUUUCCAUCCCUUGGUGAACAGCGCUGUCACGGUGCCUUCGGUGAACGUUGGACGGGCGUUAGCUCUGGAAUUUCUCACCACUUUCCUCCUCAUGUUCGUGAGCGUCGCAGUGGCAACCGACACUCGCGCGGUAGGAGAUUUAGCAGGUAUUGCAGUUGGAGCAACAGUGCUGCUUGACAAUCUUGUAGCAGGGAUGUCGACCGGGGCUUCCAUGAACCCCAUAAGGACUCUCGGCCCAGCCGUGGCCGCAGGGAAUUACAAAGGAUUGUGGGUGUACAUGGUGGCUCCUCCUCUUGGAGCCAUAGCUGGUGCCGUGACUUACACGACCCUGAAGCUUAGAGGCCAUGAGGCUGAGCCGCCACGUCGGAGGAGAGUAAGCAUCAGAUGCUAAGGAUGGUUGGGUCCUCGACGACUCCGAUGCAAGACCCGACUGCUCCACCACGAUAAAUAGCAAUUAGCUAGGAUCCACCUGUGGUAGUUUUGUAGCGGUUUGUGUGAUUUAUGGGGGAUUGACAAAGAGAAUGU